AGUUGUGUGUGGAUGCCGCGGAGAACAGCGUGAAGCCUCCACACGCGCUACGUCUCCACAGUAAUGCGCUCAAAAAGCCAUGUGACAAAAUGCGCGGAUUGAUGGUCUCAGAUGCGGAGAUUUGCCACCCAGAUUGAGGCAGAUCUGAUCAGUACUAUAGGGGAGAGUGCAGCUUUAGGGGCCUCAGGAGCCGUGCUGUGGGGGGCCAGUGCUGAUUACAACAAUAAGGACUCAUGUGAAGCGCUGACUGCCUACUUGCCCUUCACCCUUAACCCUUAUAUAACUAAUGUGACAGCAGCCGCUAAACUCUGCAGCAGCAUGCUCUGUCAGGGCAACGGCCGCUGCCUGCGCAUGAACCCUCAAUCAAACGCCUACCUACACUUGAAUCCAAAACACUUUCAUAUAAUCCAGAAGAGCUGUGGAAAAUACAUUGCAAUUGGCACACCGUCCUUUAGUGACAUAAGCAAUUUUGUGGAAAACUUGUCUGCCCACCGCACACUGCCAGUUCACGUAAACACCUGUCAAUGCUAUGCGGGGCAAACAUGCUCUGCCAAAAUACCAGAGUCCCUCCCCAAAACUCCAAUAGUUAUUUGAGUGACUUAAAGCUGCACUAUGUAUGAUUUUUUGUUUAAAAAUGAACAAAUUGCCAUUACUGAUUGA